UGAGAGAUUUUUUACUGCAUCGUUUCGUACACGUUUGGAGGGCAACAGCGGAAUUAUUUGCCAGUAGAAGAGUGCCAUUAGUGGAACAAAACUUAAUUUCUCAGUUAGUUAGAAGCAGCUGGUGCACCGGAACGCUUAAUAAGUUGUGUGAUAGGAACGCUUGCGUCUUCCCAACGCACGCUAAAUUAUGCCGCGAGGAAAGUACGUUAACCAUAAGGGGCGCAAUCGCAACUUUACCAAUCCGGAAGAGCUAGAGGCACAACGGAAGAAGGACGAGGAGGAAAAAAAAUGGCGCAAGACGCGAGAGCAGGGUUCGGGCGAUGAUGAUGAUGAAGACGACGGAGACAAUGAGGACGAGGACGAAGAUGAUUCGGACGCAUCGGAAUCCGAUGAUGAAAAUGCUAAGGGCGCACAGUCAGUGAUACAGAUUCAAAACCCAAACCGUGUGGCAAAGAAGUCACACCGAAAGGUGAACGAGGUGGACGAGGACGAAGAGCCACAGUUGACACGUCGAGAGAAGGAGGAGCUGGAAAAGCAGCGGGCAGCGGCGGCGUACCAAAAACGGCACGCAGAAGGCAAAACCGCACAAGCGAAAGCUGAUCUAGCACGAUUGGCAAUCAUCAAACAGCACCGUGCAGAAGCAGCGGCAAGACGUGAGGCUGAGAAGAAAGACAAAGAAGCUAAAAUGAAGAGCGCCGAUUCUUAGAGUUUCCCCGUCGGCCGCAGAUGUAGGUUUUCCACGUUCAAAAUGAAUUUUCACACGCACCUUUAGAUCCACAACGAUCUUUAUCGAAAAUAUUCUACUGUCCCGAUUUUAUUAUCUUCUGCGUGUGAAUGCAACGUGUUUCCCGUCCUGGAGCUAUGUCAGCUGACCGUAAACCCUAAACUCCUUCUAGUAGCUAAUAUGAAAAUGACGUAAAAACUUUAUUUUCAUCAUUUUUUUCUGCUAGAGUGUGGUACAUCGAUGGGCAGUAAAUUUAAUUGUACAAUAAAUAUAAAACUCUAAUCGGCCAACUCUCUAUGUAAUGUUCUUUAAUAU